AUGUACCUCGCAGGAAAGCGUACGCGCCCACACGUCGUGCGCUCGUUGAAGCACACAGCACACAAAAGCCACCGAGUGAUCCCAGCGCAGGUGAACAUGAAGUUGAAAUCGCUGGAUUACGGUGAUAUUAUCGAAAGUUUUACGAAUCGAUAUGAAAAUAUAGUGAAAAAGAUGCGUUUCCAGCAGCGCCAGCAGCAGGAACGUGACCAGCGAAAGAUAGAGCAGAUUGCGACGAGAACGACCGCCACUACCGGGACGGUGGCCAUCGCAUCGUCACAGGGCGGUCGCACGGCCACAACAACAUCGACCACGAGCAGCAGCGCGGUAAGUGCCACGGUGGAGCUUUCCGAGCGGCUCAAUGCCACCAGCCUAUCGUCCACGCUCGGCGCUGGCAAGGUUCGCCAAAUGUUCGACGAGCGUCGCCAUCGGGUGGCCGGCAUCGACAAAAGCUACCCGUUGCAGCCGAUCCAAACGACUUCCACGGUACCGACGGUAGCCCAUGGUAACCACGCCGUCAGCGGUAACGGCACCAGUAACAGCACCGGCCACGAUGGUGGUGGUGCUUCCCUGGCUCGUGGUAUGGCCAAGACGGGUCUGAACAACAAACCACGUGUCCCACCAAUAUCGGCCAGUUCCCGGACCCGCUUGAUGCAGCACCAAUCCCAGGCGCGUGGGACGAACCUACGUCAGGACAGUCUCGUGGCCAUGCAGACUACACGCAGCAACGGUGGAGACCCGGGCACACUGAUGAUGGAUCCGAACGGUGCCUAUGAUGACAACGAUAAUUUUCUGGAACUGGAAAAGUUUCCAGAUGCAGCAUCGAUCGAUGAAGAUGCGCUAGAUGCGGCGGAUCGUCUAAAUGCCAUCAACGGCAACGGAGCUCCGGCAAAGGUGGGAAAAUCAAACGGAUCUUCUACAAAGAUCGCACCGAGCAGUUCCGUUCAAAAGCCGCUGAAAAAAUCACCGAUUGCUUCGUCCAACUCUGUGGCAACGCGUUCACCAAACGGAUCCGCCAAACCCGGAGUGGCCACACCACGGUCGGUUAAAUCGAACGGACCAUCGCGAACGGUCACACAGCCCAGUCCGUCCGGUUCGGCCAGCUCGGUGCGCCGUCCGUCCUCCGUAGCCAACGGCAACAUGCUUGCACCGUCCAGCGAACCCGUCCCGGACGGUUUGACCCGGUGCGACAUUUGCAGCCGCAACUUCGCCACCGACCGUAUCGACAAGCAUCGCCAAAUCUGUCAGAAAACGAAGACGAAAAAGCGCAAAAUAUUCGACAUCACCAAGCACCGUGUGCAGGGCACGGAUGCGGAAAGUUUCGUGCUGAGAGGGAAAAAAUCCACCUCCACCGGGGCGGCCACCGUGAGCAGGAAACCAUCUAGUCAACUUUCGACGGCCACUGGCGGUGCCGGGGGAAAGCCGAGCAACUGGCGCAAGAAGCACGAAGAGUUUAUCGCGACAAUCCGUGCCGCGAAGGAGAUGAAGGCCCACCUCGCGCGGGGUGGCAAACUGUCGGAUCUGCCACCGCCACCACCGUCGGAGAAUCCGGACUACGUCCAGUGUCCCCAUUGCAUGCGUCGAUUCAAUCAAACUGCCGCCGACCGGCACAUCCCGAAGUGUGCCACGAUGCUGCACAACAAACCGAAACCGAAACCGAAGGCAUCGACCACCAUGCGGAAAUACUGA